CUCCAAGAAAGAGCAUCUUUGCAUUUGCACCAUUUUAAUUCCAACUUUAUUUUUUUUUUCUUCUUGUUUUGUAUUCUAUUGAAUGUAUCUGAUUCCGAAAUUUGCAGGUGCUCCCCGUCAAAAGAAUCUUCCUCUACAUUCUCCAUAUAUAACGAGCUGUAAACGUUCUUUGGCGUCUCUAUCGACACCCUUCAGAGGAGAAAACCAUUUAUAAAUAUAUACAUUGACAACUGAAAGGUGAUUACUCCAAUAAUAAGGUGAAAGAGUUCCAAGAUUUUCCUUGAAGGUAUGAUCAGAAAGGGUGAUAAUUUGAAGGUCUUUGAGACAAGAUAGAUAGUGGGUUCCCCUGAUCCAAGUCAGAAAAUUCCUCUAUAAAAUCCUGGGAAUAAGAUUCUUGCCUUUGCUAGAAAGGGGAAUACGAAUGCUUACAGGAUAACUCACUUUGGUGGAUCAAUUCUUCUGGUACCUGAUGAAGCUGAGGUGUUUCACAAAGUUGUAGAGCACUGUUUGAUUAUUCAGUUGGGUUAAAUUUCUUCUGUCUCAGAAUGGAAAGUGGAGUUCCAGGGCUGGUCCCACUUUUCGCAAAGUAGACGAAGGUUGAAGGACAAUAUCUCUUUCCAAGUCGCUGUGAAUAUUGGAUUGGAUUGGAUCAAUUUUUCUGUCAUUUUUGUUCAAGAUUCUAUGCCCUUAAUGCCUUCCCCCACCCUUUCAUUUGUCUAUAAAUCCAUCCUCAUUCUACUUUUCACCUGCAAGAAUUCCCAGAGAGAGCUCGAAGAUCAGUAAUACCCAGUUCAAGAAAUUAGCACACUCAAGUUUCACAUUCCAGGGAGCAACAGAUUGGACAUCAGGAGAAAUAGCUCUUCCAGGGUUUAUUGAAAGACAGAUGAUGUACCAUCACCACCAACAUCAAGGAAAGAGCAUCCACUCUUCUUCAAGAAUGUCGAUUCUGCCUGAAAGACACUUGUUCCUGCAAGGUGGGAGUGGCCCUGGAGGAGAUUCAGGACUUGUCCUGUCAACUGAUGCCAAGCCGAGACUGAAAUGGACAACCGAUCUUCAUGAAAGGUUCAUAGAAGCUGUCAAUCAGCUCGGUGGAGCAGACAAGGCUACUCCAAAAACUGUUAUGAAACUUAUGGGGAUUCCAGGACUUACCUUAUACCACCUAAAGAGUCAUUUGCAGAAGUACAGGCUCAGUAAGAAUCUCCAUGGGCAAACGACUAACGGAAACAAUAAAAUUGUACCAGGUGUUGAUGUAGGCACAGUUGCUGGGGUGGCUGGGGAAAGAGUUUCUGAAACAAAUGGAACUCAAAUCAACAAUUUAAGCAUAGGACCCCAAUCAAAUAACUUACAUAUAAGCGAAACGAUACAGAUGCAAAUUGAAGUGCAGAGAAGACUACAUGAGCAACUUGAGGUACAAAGACAUUUGCAGCUUCGUAUUGAGGCUCAAGGGAAAUAUUUACAGGCAGUGUUGGAGAAAGCGCAGGAGACCCUCGGAAGACAGAAUUUGGGUACAGCAGGACUCGAAGCUGCCAAAGUUCAACUCUCGGAACUUGUGUCAAAAGUAUCCACUCAAUGCCUGAAUUCUACAUUUUCAGACCUGAAGGAGCUUCAGGGUUUCUGCUCUCAGCAGACACAGACAAACCAACCCACUGAUUGUUCAAUGGACAGCUGCCUAACCUCCUGUGAAGGGUCUCAAAAGGAACAAGAAAUACACAAUGGUGGGAUAGGAUUAAGGCCUUAUCAUGGUAACACAAGGUUAGAGAGGAAAGAGAUGGUGGAAGAGCCUAUGCUACAGCUAGCUGAACUCAAGUGGUGUGAAGAGCCAAAAGAGAACAAGUUUCUUGCUUCAAUAGGGAAGGACACAGAAAGGAGACUCUUUUCUUCAGAAAGAAGCCCGGGUGAUUUAUCAAUUAGUGUUGGAGUGCAGGGAGAAAAGGCGAACAAUUGCAGCAGCAGCAACUUCUCUGAAGGGAGACUUAAGGCAAGGAAUGAAGGUGGCAACUUCCUAGACCAAGCUAACAAGAGAGCAGAAUCAAUAAAACUAGAGAAUGACAAAAAUUUACAAGGGUAUAGAUCUCUGUCAUGCUUUUCAACAAAACUGGACUUAAAUACCAGAGAUCAUGACAAUGAUCCUGCUUCAAGCUGUAAACAAUUGGACUUGAAUGGUUUCAGCUGGAGCUGAGAAGGUUUUCUGCAAAUGGAAGGGAGUAAAUGACACUAUUUCAGGGGUCUUUAACUCUCCAUUUCCAUCAAGAUAGAAGGAAAAUUGGUUUGAAAACUGACUGCUCUUUCCAUGAGGUCAGGUGGGUUGGCCAGAAAGAAGCAAUCAAUUCAAUCCUUAACUAAAUAAGUUGCAGCAACAAUGGUAGUUGUAAGUGAUCUACAACUCUAGUUGACAUAGAAAUCUCCAUCUCUAUGUAUUUUCUUAUAAAUCUCUGUUAGAAUUCAUAGAUCAGAAGCAUUCUGCUUGAUCCAAGUAAAAAUUAAAUACACAUUAUUUCAUUGCAUCAA